AUGCGUUUCGACAUGGAGUACAACGGGCCUAACCACUCGCCUGUCUCGGCAGAUAACCAACAGUACAUGGACCUGAAAAAAUCCCAGCUCAAUCUGUCAACGUCGGACAGUGGCACGCGCCACAGCAUCUACCACAACGGCCUGUGUCUGAGCGGGGACAUGACGACGGUGAUGCCGCGCAGCAUCAAGGAUGAGGAAGAUGACGUCAGCGACGACGAACACCUAGAGGUGGACUCCCCACCUCACUCCCCCUUCUCCUCCCGAGUGUCGCACCACGACAGCGACGGAGACACCGACGUCAGCGACAGCAAGGACCCCAAGGUGAACGAGAGCUGUGACAGCAUCGACGAGAACUUUCUUAAACAAUCGCAGUGUUCGGACGAUUCUAAAGGCGACAAGUCCAACUUGGUGAAACCGCCGUAUUCCUACAUCGCUUUGAUCACCAUGUCUAUCCUACAGUCACCGAGGAAACGCUUGACGCUGUCUGGGAUUUGUGAGUUUAUCAUGAACAGAUUCCCCUACUACAGAGAGAAAUUCCCAGCCUGGCAGAACAGCAUCAGACACAACCUGUCUCUCAAUGACUGUUUUGUGAAAAUUCCCCGAGAACCGGGAAAUCCUGGCAAGGGCAAUUACUGGACGCUGGACCCGGCCAGUGAGGACAUGUUCGACAACGGAAGUUUCCUACGUCGUCGUAAACGUUACAAGCGUCACACGCUGGACAUGCUGCAACAACCGACGGCGUUUAUGUCGGCGGCGGAUCCUUACUUCCACCACCAUAGUCUGUUGGCGGCGCACGGUCACCCAGCGGCGUUCGGGGCGACACCCCCGGGGUUCUCCUAUCACUACAUGCCGCCACUGUCGCACCACUUUCCACUGUUACCGGCAGACUACGGCAGAAGUCACUUACCACAUUCUUCUUACCUGUCAUCUGCACUGACGUCUGCUUCGCUGGCGCAGAUGUCGCCUCUUCCCGCGCUUGCGAUGGCCAGCGCUGCUUCUAGUCAAUUACAAAAACUGGAAAGACUGGAAAAAUCAGAAAAGUUACCUUCCUCAACAUCAUCAUCAAGUUCUUCAUCAAAGCACGGUUUUUCAAUAGACAGCAUAAUCGGAACUUCCAGCAGCAGCAGCAGUUCGAAACCAUCCGUUUCUUCUUCAAUCACUUCAUCUUUGACAUUCAGACCAGCAAACCUAGUGGCUGGACUUCCGGGUUUGUCGCUGCCGUCAUCGCUAGGUCUAAAAUCAGGUAUGAUGGAGGUGCACCGGCCAGGGAGCAGUGCGUUCUCGCCCCUCGCACGGGGCAUGCCGACCAUGUCACCGCUCGACCUGGAGAAAUAUAGACAGUACGUUCAAGCGUGUGGCAUCCAAGCGUGACGAUCGUCAGGUAUUUGGCACCAAUGACGUGACCAUCUUACAAACCAAAGAGACAAAUGUGCCAAAAGUCAAACUUUUAUUAAAAACGGUUUCAGUAAACGUAUAUAGAAAUUAAAGUGAUUUUUAAAAUCUUUUAAAAAAGAAAAACGUUAUAAAAUCAUCAGUGUUUCUGAUUUCGUUUACAGACUUCCGUAUUCCGUGUUUCGCGUUCGUUAUUCCGGACACAGAAACCGGUUUCGGGGAUUAGAGGAACCGAUCGUGGAUAAGCCGAAAAAGAUCUCUAACAUUCCCAAAAAAAUAGUUUGUGAAAACUCCCAAAACUGCCAGAUUAACUGUUGGUGACUAAUUUUCGUUUCUCUCAAAGCCGAAUCAUUGUGAAAGGGUUUUAAGAAAUGUGGGUUUUAAGCCAAUGUAAGUAAAUGUUUGCUUUCUAAGAAUGCACGUUUUGUUAUCAAUGGAACAUAAUAUAUUAGGAACAAAAUUCAAACAUGAUUAGAAAUGUAUCUACUGGAUUAAUUAAUUCAUUAUUAUCUUAAUGUUUUACAUCUAGAAGUCGUCAGUCUUUAUUGUUAAUUUUUAAAUAAUUAUUUUUCUUUCUUUUUUUCUUUUUUUCUGUUAAAUGGUUAGUUAUUUGGUGUAAGUAUAAAACUUCGGCCAUUUUUCAUGUCGAUAUUUAGAAAUGGCUUAAAAGCAAUUAAUAUGGCAAGUAAAAUAUAUUUUAUGUGAAAUUUAGUUGCACAUAAUAUGUAUGAAUGUUUUCAUGGCUAAUUCACGUGUAGUAAAUUAUAAUGUAUUUUGCUUGUCAUUUGAAGCCAUGAAAGGAAAACUUGUAAAUUGUAUAGAGAAAUUAAGUUAAAAUUUCAAGUGCUGUGGAUUACGUUCUUACCUUGGA